UACAAUUUUUAAGGUGGUACUAAAUGGUAAUGAAAUUAAUGAAGAGAUAUUAAUGUUUUAGAAUCACAAAGCAUUACUUUACACGGGAUUUCUCUUGCAAAAAACAUAGAAUGGCAUCAUAGUUAUUCACAUUCAUCAGCACUUACCAAACUAAGCACUUACAGAGAAUAUAUGCUGUCUACUUCUGAUCGAGUCAUCGAGUUAUGUAGUUUUCUUUAUACUCACAAAUGCAAUAUUGCAAUUACUAAACCAUCUUAAAAUCUAGUCUCAACAACCUGUAUAUCGAAAGAUUAUUGUGAAGUAAAUCUUUGGCAUAUGUGUAGGUGGAAAUGCAGAAUCAAGUCAAGAUACAACAACUCAAAUCCGAGAAAGGAUCCAUCGAACUCGGCCUCCGCCUCUAGUUCUACCAACACUUCAACCUUUACCGCCACCAAUGACGCCUAUCGGGACUCCGUCUUCUCGUACUGAUCCAAGACCUGACAAAACAAGCGAAGAAUUCUUGAAAUAUGGAGUGAGACUAUACCAAGCAGCCUUGAAAGCCGAUUGGUCAACUAUAAACAUGAUACAUUUUGAGAACCCAUCUUGGAUUUGUAAACAGAUCACCAAGGGUGGCGAGACACUACUGCAUAUUGCCGCGGCAGCAAAGCAUGUUGAGCUCGUUAAGAAGCUCGUAGGUAUCAUGUCCAUUGAAUCUCUAGCACUGGCUAACAGUGUCCAAAACACAGCACUGUGUUUCGCCGCCGUUUCUGGAGUUGUUGAGAUUGCCCAAGCGAUGGUGGAGAAGAACAAAGAGUUGCCAAACAUCCGGGGAAGUCAAGGGAUGACCCCGCUUUACAUGGCAGUCUUGCUAGGUCACCGUCAAAUGGUAUGGUACCUUCUUAAUGUUACUGAUGAUAGCCAAAUUACAGACCAAGAUCGCAUUGGAUUACUAACUAGCUCGAUUGACAGUGAUCUCUACGAUGUGGCAUUGCACAUUCUAAACGAGCACAAAUAUUUGGCCUAUCUUCGAGACGAAAAUGAAGAGACAGCAUUGCAUGUCUUGGCUCAGAAAAAGCCUGUUUCUUAUCAGAUGAGCAUGUGGAAGAGGUGUAUACAAUGGGAUGUAAGUUUGCUAAAAGAAAAAACGAGACCUGCUUGUUGUUCUAUAUUUGUUUUAGGGAGUAGCACAGAUCAAGAUAUAAGCAUAGAGCCACCAGGUUUCCUUCAACUAACACAAAACCUAUGGGAUGAAGUCAUUAAACUGAAGAGCGAGGAUAUAUCCAAGCUAAUUGGAGAUCCUUGGCGACUACUCUUUGUUGCAGCUAAAUGGGGAAAGGUCGAAUUUUUAACGACACUAAUUCGAUCUUAUCCUGAUCUAAUAUGGAAAGUAGACGAAAAUAGGCAUUCCAUAUUCCACAUUGCCAUAAUUCACCGCCAUGAGGAGAUCUUUAAGCUCAUUUAUGAGAUAGGAGCAAUUAAAGACUUAAUAGCUACAUACAAAGAUGACAACGGAAAUAACAUGUUGCAUUUGGCUUGCAAGUUGGCACCUACCCACCGGCUGAAUUGUGUUUCAGGAGCAGCUUUGCAGAUGCAACGUGAGAUACAAUGGUUCAAGGCAGUAAAGAAGGUAGUGAGCACGGAGUAUGCUGAAGCUGAAAAUAAGGACCUUAAAACACCUCAUUCCUUAUUCAGUGAAGAACACGAAGAACUAAGAGCAAAAGGAGAAGAAUGGAUGAAGAAGACUGCUGAGUCGUGUGCCCUCGUUGCUACUCUUAUAGCUACCGUGGUUUUCUCAGCUGCCUUCCAGCUACCCGGAGGUGUUGACAGUGAAGGAAGUCCUAACCUCAUGACAAGAGCAUCUUUUGUUGUAUUCGCUCUAUCGAAUGCUGUAUCGUUGUUCACCUCUACAGCUUCUGUACUAAUGUUUUUGUCCAUUCUCACUUCACGUUAUGCAGAGAGCGACUUCCUCAUCUCGCUACCUCUCAAGCUCAUGAUGGGGUUAACCUUACUGUUUCUUUCGAUUGCGACUAUGAUGGUAGCCUUUACUGCUACAUUUUACAUGACUUUAGAUAGGGGAGUCAAAUGGGCGCCUCUUCCUGUCGCCUUGUUUGCUUCAAUUCCCGUUGCUCUUUUCGCUCUCCAACAGUACCCUCUUUUGGUCGACAUAUUUCGCUCAACCUAUAAAUCUCAUCAAUUUCUAAUUGAAUCUAGUAAAUCAGUUCUGUUUGAGGUUUCUACUAGCAAUAAUCUUUCUUCUUACGAGUGUAUAGGGACUAUGACAUCCCAACACCCAUCUUCGAUCUAUCCAUCACCUCAUAUAACCAUUGGAAAAUCUCAUCAGAGCUCGUCUCAUCGCCGAACACCCUCGCAGAUAGUAGAUCCAAGCGCAACAGUAUACAGCGACCGUAAGGAUAUGCUAACGUAAGUUACACCAAAUAACAUGAUUCUUAUAUAUAAUUUAUGGAAUUGGCAAUAAUUUGGAGGAGAAACUUGAGAUAUAUUUAUUACGAAAAAGAAGGCAUGAUAGUUGAUGCUUGGUAACAUGUGCGAUAACAUUAGUUUUUUUUUUUUUUUUUUUUUUUUUUUUUUUUUUGGCUUUUCCAAUGUAAUAUUUAAUUUUAUUUUGUUUACAUACUCUUUUUAAUUUGUUGAUUCAUAUAUGAGUGUAUUUCAUGUUUAACUAUUUCUUUUUCUUUUUAUUGACGAGGACAAACC